GGUUGGAACACGCAUUCAACGUAGAUGCGAUAGUUAAAAAAGGACGUCACGCUAAGGAGUGAGGGAAAGACAGGAACCACCAUAUUGCGCACGCGAAAGAGAGGGAGAAGGACAGAAACCACCGCCAAUAUGAUUGCUCGUUCACUUGUUCUCAGUAGUAAAGCAAAGUUCGGUGCGGAGAGUGGUUUAUCGUACAUUUGGAGCGAAACACAAACUUAAGAAAGAAACUCUCGUUUGUCUCUACGUAUAAAACAGUUGUGAAUAAAAUUUUGUGCCACCAAAGGAUGGCAACUACCAAAGACAACAGCACCGACAGUGUGCAAUUCUUUGAAGGUGUGGAGAAACUCCUUGAAAUUUGGUUCACAAGCAACAGUAGCAUAAACAGAAAGCAGGGCGAUCUCAGGCAGAUUCCUCAGCGAAAAUGGCAGUCCUUGCUGAAGAUCGUUCGUUGCGAGAUCAUCAGCAUUUGCCGUACCGAACACGUGGAUGCUUAUGUUCUCAGUGAAAGCAGCAUGUUCCUCUCAAAGCGUAGGCUUAUUUUGAAAACAUGUGGUACAACUACACCCCUUCAGUGCUUGGAGCCACUUUUGGAGCUUGUAAAAGAAUAUACUGGCUUUGAGGAAGUAGAAAAUGUAUUCUACUCACGGAAAAAUUACAAGAAACCAGAGUUACAAAUAUCCCCCCAUCAAGCAUUCGAAAAAGAAGUUGCUGUGCUUGAUACGUUUUUCCCUGAUGGAGAAGCUUAUUGUUUGGGCUCUGUAGAUUCAGAUUGUUGGUAUUUAUAUACCCUAAAUAGGGAAAAACUUAUAGACGAACCUGCAGAACCAGACCAAACUCUGGAAAUCCUCAUGACACAUUUAGAUCCAGAAGUAAUGGCUAUCUUUACUAGGGAUGUGUGUUCCUCGGCAGACGAAGCGACUCAAAAAUCAGGAAUUGAUAAACUUAUUCCAAACAUGAUUAUAGACGAUUUCUUGUUUGAACCCUGCGGAUAUUCAAUGAACGGAAUAAAUAAAAGUGGAAAUUAUAUGACUAUCCACAUUACUCCAGAGUCGGAAUUCUCGUAUGUAUCAUUUGAGAGUAACAUUCCAGAAACGUCGUAUGAGGAGAUAAUACGACGUGUGCUGAAUACUUUUAAACCGAAAAAAUUUGUUGUUACCAUCUUCGCUAACAAAGAAUCUGUAGCUGCUAGUUGUCCACGUGACCUGGAGCAAACCGACUAUAUGAAAUGUUCUAGCGAAUGGUUACGCACGGAUGUUCAAUAUUGCCGUUUCAAGAAUUAUGAUUUGACCUGUGCAUUUUAUUCAAGAUUCCCAAGCUGAGGGUUCAUGGACGCUUCAUUCGGUCC